AUGAUUCGUUUGGCUGUUAUUAGAUUAACACAGAAUACUUCUAGAAGACAAUUUCUGUCAAGCCAAAACUCAUUUUCUUCUUCUGCUGUAACAUUUGCCAAGAAAAAAGUAGAUAACAAGAAAAAGGUUGACAUUCGUCAGUACGAAGAUGUAAUGGUGAAACUGGACAACGGGAAGGAAAAACCGCUUUCUCUGGUAGCUCGAGUAACACUGAAAUCCCCAUUAAUUGUUAUGCUCAAUUUUCAAGAUAAUCCAUCUGCGAUUAAAGCUGCAAAGCUUGCAAUUCAGAAGUCCACCUUGAACGUGACUCCGCAACAAGAAGGCGCCGUUUUGUACGUUAAUGUUCCUCCUACGAGCAAAGAAAGGAGAGAGAAAAUGGCAACAGAUGCGAAAGGAAGAAUUCUGAAUGAAUACAAGAAGGCAAUCAACGAGAUCUAUUCCACCUGCGACAAAAAAUCGUCGGCGGAAUUCUCCUCAAGACCUGACGAGGCGAAGAAAACUCGAGAAGCAUUGCUGAACAUGAAGCACGCAGCGGAGCAACGCGGAAGUCUUCUGAUCGAAGAACGUCGGAAACAACUACUAAAACAAGUGGUCUAA